AUGGCCUCACAACCGCCCUCGAGGGCUAGCAUCAGCGAUCGACGAGCCUCCGCGCAACAGCGACAGCAAAAGAGCCGGCCCACUUCCGCUGUCGAAGACAACAACCGAACAGACUCGAGAUCGACCUUCCACAACCGCGUCAAAUCGACUACAACCGAGACGACCAAGCGAGACACGAUCACACGUGAAGCACUAAUAAGGCGCACCUUCUCACCUACAAAACAACAACCGGACCGUGCCAAUGGACGGAGAAGUGAGGAUGUGGAAAGACCGUUACCGAAGGAGAAGUCGGUAGCAAGGUCGGAACAGGAUGAUGGACCGGCCGCUUCAUGGAGUCCUCAUGCUAGUUUGCUCGCGCCCUCGUCUGCACCUUUAGCCUCACGAAUAUCCGUUCCACCUAUAGCUGCAAAGGCGCCGUUGAGCAUACAACCACCGAGGUUGGACUCGCUAUCCUUACAAGCACAAGAGAAGGCGCUUAUUGAGGAUGUUUUGUUCGUUCUCAUGGGCUUCGAGGGCCAAUACAUUCGAUACGUCGAAGCAUACGAUCCGCUAGACGAGAAGAGCAAGCUUGCUGGACCGCAGUUCUGGAUACAGACCGGACUGGAUCCGAGCUUGCGAGAUCUUGCGCAUGGCAUGCUCAAGACGGCGACACAUUACUGUGCGGUGGAAGCUUUUGUGGAGGUGCAAAGCCGGGAAGAGAUGGGCACUGUGAAUCAUGCGUUGUGCGCAGCUAUGAGGAAGAUGCUCAAGGACUACAUGAUCCUGAUUGCGCAACUCGAACACCAGAUGCUUACCAAGGAGGACUUUACCCUGCAUCAACUUGGCCUGCAUACGAAAGCCACCUCGCAUAUGAUGCAGCAGCUAUAUGGUGUGGCUCACGAGGUAUUGAAGGAGAACAGCAUGCUGGACAACGAGGAUGGAGCAGAUGACUCGGACGAUUUUGAGAACAUCCUCGAAUCGUUGAAAGAGGGUAAAGAUACUGCAAUGCCCGGAAAGAAAGUUUGCAAAGGUGGCGCCGUUCUUCGCCUUCUCACCAGACGGUUGCAGUCGAUGGCUGGUGAUCCAGCUGCCCGGCAGCUACUAACCCUUCUACUACGAGAAGCCAGCCGUCCGUACAUGGCCAUGUUGAAUGAGUGGCUGCAUCAUGGAAACGUGCGAGACCCACACCAGGAGUUUCUGAUCAAGGAGCAGAAAUCUAUUCGCCGUGAAGGCCUCGAACAAGACUACACGGACGAGUACUGGGAGAAGCGAUACACGAUUCGACAAGAACUUGUUCCGCCACAGUUGGAGUCCCUGAAAGAUAAAGUACUGCUAGCUGGGAAGUAUUUGAAUGUCGUUCGCGAGUGUGGUGGAAUAGAGAACGUGAGCCGAGACUUGGACGCCAGCACUGAUAUCCCGCACACCUUUGAUGAUCCUCGGUUUGUCGAAAAUGUCAGUGGAGCCUACGCCUUUGCGAAUCGAAGUCUCAUGACUCUCCUUCUUACGACUCACAACCUACCCGCCCGACUACGGAGUUUGAAGCACUACUUCCUUCUGGACCGCAGCGACUUCUUCUCCUACUUCCUGGAGCUUACCCGCCUCGAGCUCAAAAAGCCUGCGAAGAGCAUCAACGUGGGAAAGCUGCAGAGUCUGCUGGAUAUUGUCAUACGGCAUCCCGGAUCGGUAGCAGCGGAAGAUACGUUCAAAGAGGAUGUCAAGGUCGUUAUGAACGAUGUCGGUCUCACUGGAUGGCUCAUGCGUGUGGUUAAUGUCCAAGGCAUGGACGCUGAUGCGACUUCAUUAUCAUCGUACACGCCAGCCGCGGGUGGGAGCGACAAGAAUGGGAAGGAGAUCAGUGGUUACGAAGGCUUGACGCUUGACUAUGCUGUGCCGUUUCCGCUUUCGCUGGUCGUCAGUCGGGUGACUUUGACACGGUAUCAGCUCUUGUUUCGUUAUCUCCUGAGCCUUCGACAUCUUGAGACGAUGCUCACUGGUUCAUGGACGGAACACAUCAAAGCCAGGGCUUGGAACAACAAGACCAAGGGAGAUGCUGCAGUCGCCAGAAAGAUCGAGAACUGGAAACGACGCGCGUGGUGUUUGAGGAGUCGAAUGCUUUGUUUCGUGCAGCAGCUUUUAUACUAUUGCACCAGCGAGGUCAUCGAACCGAAUUGGCUGGCCUUCAUGUCGAGAUUGUCGCAUGCUGGGGAUGAAGAAGAGGCGGAUGGCGAUUCGAAGAUGAAGAGGACCGUUGAUGAGCUGAUGCAGGAUCACGUCGACUUCUUGGCCACAUGUCUGAAAGAGUGCAUGUUGACCAAUUCGAAACUCUUGAGGAUCAACUCCAAGGUCAUGUCGACAUGCACCAUGUUUGCCAACUACACCUCCUCCUUAUCCCGCUACCUCGCGUCCGCCGACCCCGACCUGGCCUCCUCGCAAGGCUCCACCUCCAACAAACCCGGCUACGACCCUGCCAAGCUCGACAAGCUCUUCUCCAUCCUGCACCAAUACGAAGACCAUUUCAGCCGACAUCUAAAAAUUCUGCUCGACGCGCUCAACUUCCUGGCCGCGACGGAGACGGUGGUGUUUCUGAGUCUCUGUGCGAGGUUGAGUAUGGCGAAUGAAGGUGGGCCGGAUGGGGGGCCUGGACCGGAUGCUUAUGGGUAG